GGAAAACCUCCAGUCAGUCAACGUGACUCAGAGGCACAAGGCUACUUCGACUCACAUUCUCGAUCUUAUUCUUUGGAAGCGAUUACAACCACCAUUACAAUCUUAGUCACCCAAUUCCGUCAACGCAAAUCCCAGGAUUCCAGCAAUGCAAAGUACGGCCCAUCCGAUCAAAGUUUCUUACAUUUGCCGUGGCCUGGUUUGAGGCAAGAUCUCGCGGAUUUUCACGUUCUUUGGUCAAUUGAAAGCAGCCCAACCAUAUCUGUUUCCAGCGUCACGCCAACAUGCCGCCUAAGAAUCAGAGAAGCUCUGGCCCCAAAGGUCGGUCUGGGGACGAUGCUAAGGACGAUCCGCUCCUCGCGGUAGUCAUCGCCGACACAUUCGAAACACGAUUCGCGCCCUUCACCCUGGAACGACCCCGGUGUCUUCUCCCACUGGCCAAUACUCCUUUGAUAGAGUACACACUCGAGUAUCUAGCAAGUGCUGGAGUAGAGACUGUGUACAUCUACGCCGGACCUCACGUUGACCAGGUCGAAACUUACAUCCAGGCCUCCCGAUGGCACGCUUCCACCUCCCCAUUCUCGGACCUAAUCUUUCUUAGAUGUGUCGCCACAUGCGUCGGAGAUGUGAUGCGUGACCUGGAUCAAAAGCAUUUGAUGACCGGUGACUUUGUCGUGGUCAGUGGAGACAUUGUCUCAAAUUUCCCCUUGGGCAAGGCCUUGAGACAGCACAAGCUCCGACGAGAGAAGGACAAGAACGCCAUCAUGACAUUGUUACUGCGAGAGUCAGACGCCGGUGUGCACGAACACAUUGGGGGUAUCGUCCCCACCUUUGUCCUCGACCCUACGAAGGAUAGAAUUCUCCACUACGAAGAAUCUCUGCCUGCUACCCAGUUCACAUCACAGAUUGACCCAGAGGUUUUGAAAUCACCUGAGUUAGAUAUUAGAGAAGACCUAGUUGAUUGCAGAAUCGACAUCUGCACCCCAGAUGUACUGAGCCUCUGGUCGGACAAUUUCGACAACCAGUCUCCACGCAAAGACUUUCUCUUUGGAGUCUUGAAGGACUGGGAGCUGAACGGCAAGACCAUUCAUACCUACAUUGUGCAAGAUGAUUAUGCAUCAAGAGCUGCGGACUUCUGGGCCUAUAACUCCAUCUCCCAGGAUCUGAAGAGAGGAAUUGUCAAUUCGAUCGCGGUGGAAAACAAUCUCUUUGGCAAAAGCCAAUAUGUCAAAUCACCAGCUGGGUAUACAAAGUCACAAUCGGUCAUUACAAAGAGACCCAUUCAACUCGACACCGGCUCGAUAAUUGGUGCCGACACUAGUUUGGCAAGCGGUGUGACUCUCCGAAAUAGUAUCGUGGGGCAACGAUGUCAUAUUGGAAAGAACACCAGCCUCGAGGCCUCUUAUAUAUGGGACGAUGUUACGAUUGGCAAGAACGUUAGGGUGACUCGUGCAAUCAUCGGCAACGAGGUUUUCAUCGGCGACGACUCCACAGUUGAGGAAGGUGCCCUUAUUUCAUAUGGCGUCAAAAUAGCACCAGGCACCGUCGUACCAGCGGGGUCGAGAAUUUGCAAAUCACAAGCAGCCAGCCACGGCGAUCGGACCAGUGACGCUUUAGUGGAUGGUGAGGCAGGAGAAGGCCGGGCAUAUGUUGACGAUGAAGAUGAUCAGUUUGGAUCUAGCGUCUCUCGUCUCGUCUUCGACAAGGUGAAUUAUGCCGAGUCAAUAUCAAGCCUGGGAUCAGAUUUGUCAGAAGACGAUAUUUCAUCGUACGAAGGCUCAAGAAGUCAGAGCUUUGCGCAAUCCGAGGAUGAUCUCAGCGACCGCUUCCAGCAUGAUACAGUGGCAAUCCUUGUGCAGCGAAUGCAAGAAGGCAAGAUGGCCGAUGACAUGUUGAGUGAACUGAUGGGUCUUCGAUUCAGCGGAGGAGCAGACGAAACUCAAGUGCGUCGAGCGGUGGCGAUUGCUCUCAUGAAACACAUUCACAGCAUUGUUGACUCAGGACGAACGCCGGCAGAGGCAUCACGAAACACACUCGAGGCAUACAACACUUUGAUCAGACGCAAGGGCGCAUCCCAAGCAACACAAGAACAGAUUUCCUUCCUCCUGGAUGCCCAAAGAGACUUGACGAGGCGAAAGGAGGGAGGAAAAGUGUUGCUGUUUGUAGUCAAAGAUUUAUAUGACCUUGAAGUCUUUGGCGAAGAGGCUUUUACGGGCUGGUGGGAGGACUCGAGGUCCAACAGUGAUGCAGAGAUGAUUGCGACAAAACAGCAGAGUUCGCAGUUUAUCGAUUGGCUAGCGAAUGCUGAGAGCGAGAGCGAGAGUGAAGAGAGCGAGACGGAUGAUGAUGAUGACGACGACGACGAAGAGGAUGAUGCUUAAAGAAUUCUCUCGUAUAUUGUCCUGCGGUCAUCAUUCCUUUUAGUUUUGGCUCGUAACUCUCGAGAGUAACAUGAUCACGUGAUAUUAGUCAUGUUAGUUCCCUUAACAGCAGGUGAAUCAGAAGGAACAACUAAAGUACUACAACAAGUGCAUCCGUGAUGCCUAUUUCAUG